AUGACCUUCCAUUUUAGAACUUUGAAGCAUUUCAAAAGUGAUUUUUUUUUUUACAAUUUUCCUAUCGAUCCGAGCUAUUAAAAACUUUGAAGUGGUGGCGACAAGCCAAAAAUGCCAGAACGACGGUAUUUCUUGGAAUGGCACCUGCACUUGCCCAGCAUUCAUCGACGGGGAUCACUGUGAAAACAUCAAGUUUGUCCAUUACGAAAUUGUUAAGAAGUUGAGGAAUUUCUAGAUGCCAACGAUUUUCUAUCAAGGACAAAAACAGAUGUGUUUGUGCACCCGGCUGGUACGGCAGAUACUGCGGCAUCCGUAAGAUUUUCCUAUGAGAGACAUUUUUAAAAGACAUUUAUCAGCUUUGAUUUACUCCGAUUAGAUAUGUUCAAAGAAAACGUUCAGGUGGAUGUCGACCGAUGGUUAAGAAGAACGUGGACAUUUCGCAAAGGUCGUUCAUCAUCGUCUUCAACACGAAGAAAAGUAUGCAGCCAGUUCUGGACACGCUGAAAGCAAAUCUUGCUGCCGUUUUUGAUAACAUUGUCAAGGUGGUGCUCUCUCUCUCUCUCUCUCUCUCUCUCUGGAACUUGAGGAACAUGAAAGUUCAGACUGCAAGCGGAUCGAAAGACGAUUGGAUAGCCAACUUUAUUUUUUACGGUUUCAAUACUAAAAGUGAGACCCAGUUUACCAUAUUUGAAAGUAACGAAACUCGUAGAAAUUUUGAUUACUACGGCUUUUCGUUAAGAGUUAAACGAUGUGCUUUUAAGACAAUAAAACGACACUAACCAAGUUCAUCGCAAACUCUCGGGCUGAGUUUCUGACAAACCUUAACACGGUCCAACUGAUUGACACAAACGAGCCGCAGCCCAUAAUGACUGCUGUUCGCGACGCCCAACAACUGUCAGUUGACCAACUCGGAGGAAAAACUCAAUUUAUCUCAGAUAUACCCGGAUGCGAGCCUUCAGUAUAGUCCUCGUUUUCUCCGACGCCGUGGCUUCAGACGCGACGCCAGAGUCCUCCAGUGUGACUGUACCUUCGCCCGAGCAGCAGGCCUUUCAGAUAUCUCUUCUGUGGCGCAGCAAGGUCUGCCUUUUCUGACAUUUCUAGCUAAUGAGAAGCUUGAGCGCUAGUCAUUUGCUGGAAAAAAGAUUAUUUUCUUUUCAAUCAAGUUGUAUUAUUUGAUACAAGAAAAAAUUCAAAAAUAAAAAAAAAUAAAAAAAAAUGGGGGGAAGGGUUCAGACACUUUAUAAACUUUUUGUCAGAAAUCUCUCUCCUAAAUUUUCAAAAAAAUUACAUGAUGGAUUGUUAGUUUGCCUUUCUUUAGUACUGAAGAGAAGCCUGUCGGAAAUGAGGAGAGUGGGCAACUCUGCCAAAGUACCGCUCUUAACUAGAAAAACUAGCGGAGGCUGACCGACAGGAGUAAAAAAAUUUUUUUCACGAAAAAAACAAUAUCUGAAAAAAAGUCAAUUCCGUUAGGUUUUCCACGUUUUUUACAAAAAUUACUUUUUUUCAUGUUCUGAUUGUUUGACUGACUAUUGUUCGAAACCCUAGCUCUGAACAAGUCUGCCAAGUUCCACAGAAAAUUCAAAGUUUUGGCUUUGGGAGAUUAUUUUUAUUAUUGAUUUGAUAGUUUUCUGAAUUCGCUCACAGGUUUCGUACGUGCUGACGUUGCCCAGUGGAGGCGACACGAGUGGCGACAAAUUCGACGUUUUCCGACGAGUGACUCGCUCUUCGCAUGGAGACUUGUUCCUGGUCAAUCCUAACGCAGUUUCCGAGGUUCGAAUAGUGACUCUUCGAUUUUAAUCAACCCCUUUAGGUUCUAUUGAAAGUCAUCUCAAAGUUCUAUGUGCCUGAAGACAUCGCCGCUGGCUACGGCGCGACCGGAGAUUUGCAGUUGCAGUUGAACAAAGACUCGGCCGCGGAUUUAGCCUUUGUGCUACUCACAAUCGACACGACCAACGGUUUGAAAGUUGUCUGAUAUUGAAUGAUAAAAAGUCAUUCAAGCAAACAACAAUCUGCCGUCGGUCCAAGGACUGACCCCCAUCUCCACUGGACCUUCCUACUCGGUUUUUUUUUUCAUUUCCACUUUUUCACAAGGCAUGAUUUACAGUUUUACUCUCUGACGGGAUCGAGUCUAAGUCUAAAGUCUUCUGGCGGCGGCGGCUCCUACAACUACCGAGUAUUCCUACAGUCCCGGGAGACACUUUUUUUCGAUUUCAACAGUGACGUUCUCAUUGAUGUUGGAAACGGAAUUGUUCAUAAUGGUUGGUUUCGAAAUUAUACACGGGUGGGCAUAAUUAUUGCACGGACUUACAACCUUUAUAACUCAAAGUUAAAAGUAUUUCAGAUAAAGUUCAUAACUUAAUUUUUUCAAUAAGGUAUCGAAGAUAACACAUGCAAAAAAUUUUUCGUAUAGGCCUUCUUUGGCUUCAGAUACGGCCAAAAGACCCUCAUUGGUCGUGUUGGCCUCUGGACGCAGGUGUCUGUGAUAGAUUUAGUCUUCGAUCUUCAGAAAGGAUAAUUUUAUAGUUCCUAGAUUUGAGAGAGGUCUCAAGCAGGCCUCUGUCGUCGAGUAGAGUCAGAAAGAAUAGUCGAGAACUUUUUCUCCGGUGAGCAGGAAAACUUUUCUUUGAACUUGAACAAGACGCGGUUAUCAAUCGAAAACAGGCCUUUUUCAAUCGAAGCGGUAUAAAAGAGCGCAGAAUCUUUUCGGAAAAUUGAACGGUUUUUUGUAGAAUGCAAAUAGGCUAAUAGAAGCAUGUACUUUUCUAAAAUGACGUCUAGAUGCUGAUACGCAUCAACUUGGACUGAAGAUUCGAGAGGACUUAGCAAAAUCGUGCUUUCACAUCAUGCAUCGGCCAAAACCACGGCUGCUUCUGAAUGAGAAGCCAUGUGAAAUGACCCGGCUCAUUUUUUGCUACUUGGUGGUCUUGUUUAAAUACACAGAAAUUCCUGAGAAUGGAUACCUCUCAGACGUUGAAGCGCUACUCCUCGAAGAACAUCCAGUUCUAAUUUAGAAGUUGCGCGUCCGAGUGAAUAUGACUUUGCUCCAGAUUUUUUAUUGAUAUAUGCUGGAGCGAUAGAGAGCGGCCGUUUUUUUUUUUGAUACAAAAUGUUCUAGGCCCCACCUUAUUUUUGACCAUUGAUUUCACAGUUUCCCUCAAGGCCCCGCGUCGGAAAGCCGUAAAAUACAUGCUUAGCUUCGAAAUCGACUGUUUCUCUUCCAGGCGUUCUCCAAAAAGUUAAAGCGAGCAAAAGUCACAGGUCUUUUCACUAGAUGGUAGUUGGAAGUCCUAAAAAGCUUCUUAAAAAAAAAGUAUCAGUCGGCUGCUAAAUUCUAAGGUCUAUGAAAAAGAUUAGCGCGUAGCCCUGACGCUUUUUCAGCAACACUUAACUGCGAAUAUCGAAGAACGGUAUGCUUUGGAGGCCGUCAUUCCCCCAGAACUAAACAUUCCACAGUCAUUUUUAGAACAUUAUCAGUAGACAAUCUAUUGCUCAAAAACAUACAUUUGGAACAGCAUUUGAUUCAAGAACAAAAAGUAACAGCGCUCGGAAAAUCCGUCCAAAAAUUAUGCCCACCCCUGUAGAAACUAUUUUGGUGAUAGAGUGCGCUUUUCUUAGUUGAUUCCAACAUUUGAACAACCUAGUAAGAGCAAAAUCACAUUUGUCUGGAAGUGAAUAUGUUUUUUAUUUUGUGGACAAAAAAGUUUCAAACUUUUUCAUUUUCUCCAGGUUUGCCCUAGAUGAAUUUUAAAACUUUAAAGUAUUUCGCAAACCUCAAUUUUCCAAUAGUUUGCUUCAAUUUUUUCUUACACUUUUCAAUGUUCAACUAUUUGAUAAUUUGUUUAGAAAAAGAGUUUAUUUUUAUAGAAUUUCGGGUUCAUAGCUAACUGCAACGCUGGAAAAGGAUCUCAUUGAAAAAAGUGUCAGAGGUGUUCAUCGCAAACAAAUGUUUUCGUUGGGUAGUUGUAAAUAGAAAAGAAUUGAGGAUUGCAGGUGUCAAUAUGACAGCGACAGCUCUUUUUGUUGGUUUCGGAGGCGUUACAAACACGAGUUACUCCAUCUACACUCCUUCGAUGGCCCCAGUCCGCGGCGAACUUUUCGCUCAGCUCCGUCCGCAGCUCGACUGCACAUAUCCAUAUCUUUUCGACAAAUGGGUCACUUCUGAUCCCACGCUUGCAUGUCCUCCAGGACCUAUCACGUAGCCUUUCAUUUUCACACUCGAAUGUUUUUUUUUUCACUUCAGGCAGGUACACACUGUCUACCUCGGCAAUCAAAAGAAAAUUCGCGUUCUUCCUGGUUACUGUGCGACCAGUGAGAACCUAAAUUUGUUGAAAAAAAAAGAACGCUCAACUUUUUUUCUAGUUGCUCAUGACCAGCCAAUGGGGGGAGAAAACGAGCAAAGGCCGCUCUCUGUGAAACACAAAUCCCCUGCACGUAACGACGCGACCUACUUUUGUGAUAGUACAAACGUCAAUGCAAUCGGAGAUCCUCGCCAAACCGAAUUCAAGCAGGUCUCCUGCUUAUAAUCGCUUCCGCAUUUCAUCGAGAACUUUUUUUUGACAGAUUGUGUUCAUUUUGGAAUGUAGAUCUUCCAACAAGCCGACCUUUGACAGACUCGCCGCAAGCAUCCGGAACAUAACCAGCGCCGCUUUGGACACUUUGCCCGUCUACAACCGUUACUUUUCUUUGAUCACUUUCGACGACCAAGGUUCUUUGAUCGCCCUUCCCACAUGUUCAAGGCUCUUGCAGGUGUCGACGUUCUGCUGAGCACUCAUGAGGUGGAUCGUUUCAAUGAGGAUUUCGGGUCCGCAGUUCAGUCUAUAACCUACUCGGCAAAUGUCGUCAGCUCUCGUGCGAUUGAAGCUGUUUACAAAGCACAGAAGAUCGCCUUGUUCCCUCCGACUGCCGUGUUUCUUUUCACAAGCGAAGACUCUCAGAACGUCCAAAACUACUCGGGACGUCAUUGGGAUACCGUUGACAAGGAUACACAAGUAUCUAAACGUACUCAAGAUUGCGAAUGAGAAAAAUUAUUUGAGGUCAACCUGGUUUCCAUUGGGAAAGAUUCCUCCCCUGACAUUUUCGCUGUCAACCCUCAACUGCGGCUUCUUCAGCGGCAAAGCAACGGAAGACUCUUGCAUCUCGUCAACGGCGCCUCUCUGGAUGUUUGUUCAUUCCCAUCGACGUCAUCAUUUGCCAUCUCCACAAGUUUUUCAGCUGAGCUCCCUUCUCUCGCCUUCCAUCUACGCUACUGCCUUGAGCUUGGACUUUACAAAGCAGGUUUUUUGUCGUUUCCCAAAUACUUUUGAUGAAUGGUGGUUUUUAGGAUUGUGUCGCUUCUGCCGCUGGCACCGACUUUGUUGUGGAGAAAAAUGCGGACAAAGUAGUGAUCGAGGUGUAUGGCAAACAAGUGAAGGCGCCUGAUUCCAUAGCCAUCUACGACGAUACACGUCAGUUUUUUUUUCACUUGAUUAGUUGGAAAAAAAAAGAAACUUUUUCAGAGAAAAAAGUGCAGAUCAGCGACUCGAUCACAUUCUCCGACGACGACGUCGUUAUAAUCACUCUGGGUUUUUCAAAAAAUUGGAAAACUUUUAUUAAAUCGCAAAAAAAGUGUUUAGUGAAACCGCAAAAUGGUCACUGGGGCAUGUCUGUCAAGACGUCAAGCGGCGGUUGUGCCGUCCAGGUGCGCCACGUAUCGUCCUACGCAGUCGUUCUCGGUUUCGUCAGCAAUCCCAACGACGACUUUGCCACCACUCAAAUCUUUUCACAGCGCGAAAGUAUCCUUUUCCACGACGUCAGAGAAUUAUCAAAACUUGGAAUAGACGAAAUAGUUUUUCAGAAUAGAAAUAGUCAAAAAUCUUAAUUUUAUUGCUCUCUGAACAAACAGAAAAAGCAAAGUAAUCGUCUUUCAACCUUGGAUUUUAUUGAUUAUAUUUUUUUUACGUGGUUGAUUCAUUUUGAGAUGUAUUUUCAUCAGACUAUCACGUGUAGUCAUAGUCAUAAACUUGUAGUUUCGCCAUAUUGCGGGAUUUCGGGAUUUUCAGCUGGCACCUUCACUGUCAGCAACUACCUUACGAUAAGAGUGAGCCAAAAUGAAUCCGUCGUCGCGAUACCGCCUUCUCGCAUCGACAUCGCCACCAUUGACGUCACAUCCUUUCCCCAACCUAAUGAUCUCAGAAAUUUGACACUCGUGACCCGCGAUCUAAGCACCUGUGCCUACCAAUAUGUCUCUUCACCUGUUGAGGUUGUGGAGGAGGAGAUGAAAGCUAUCAUCAUAUCAAAGUUCAGUUGCCCAAAGUCGCGUUGACCAAGAUUACUGUCGUUGCUCUUUCCGACGACACUGUACCCAUCACGCUUCUUCAGCGCAUCUUUUACUUUUAUCAGCAUUUCCCAGUCGGUUCGUAUUUCUUACAAGAAAAUGUAUUUUCGUUUCGAGAAGAUAAUGAACGCAAUUCUUUUUUUUUUUUUGUUUCAAAAGAUCCCAACGGUUUCAGACAAAAGCGUCUGCAAUGGCGGCGCCGUAAAGGACAGCGGUGAGUGCGAUUGUCCGACCCGCUACACCGGCGAGUACUGCUACGAUCGGAUUUGUGCCCAGGGAGCGACUCUUUCUCUGGGCAUCUGCAGCUGUCGUCCCGGCUUUCUUGGAGAUUUUUGCGAGAUCGGUUUGGCUUCGCAUCUUUCAAAUGACCGAUUUUCAGAUAUCUACAGUUUAUAUAGAGUGCAGUAUUUACCCUUGAUUUAUCAGUUUUCCAUACCUGUUACGCAAUUUCACUUUGGUUCACAGAAAAUGUCAUUUUUCGUAGUUUUCUUAAAAUCUACCGAUAUGAGCUUUUUUGAGCAGACGAUCAACCGAAACUUUUUCAGAACUGCUAAACUCUUCAAACUCGACGACGUCAAUUCCAACGACGGCAGUGCCCACUACAAGAUCUCAACUGCCCACCACAACGCGAGCUUCUUCUCAAUUGACGCCCAUCUUCAUUUAUUUUAUUUAUUUCUUCAUUACAUUCCGUAUUUUCUCAAACUGA